AUGAGCAUCAAGGCAAAUUCUCACACCAGAAUCAGGGCAUGCAGAGCCUGUAAAUUCUUGCGGAAGAAAUGCCUCGAGGACUGCAUAUUCGCACCUUACUUUAAUAACGGUGAAGGAACCGUCAAUUUUGCGGUUGUUCAUAAGAUUUUCGGAGCGAGCAACGUUACAAAGCUUUUAACCAAUGUCCCAAUCCACAAACGACCCGACACCGUUUUUACUUUAAACUACGAGGCUCAUGCUCGUCUCCGAGAUCCUAUUUAUGGUUGCAUGUCUGAGAUCAGUGAUCUCCAAAAUCAGGUGAUCAAUCUACAAUCAGAGAUUUCGUGCUUGCAAGCCCAUGUAGCCAGGCAGCCGCCACCUCAGCAACAACCGCCAUCUUCUCUGUCCAUGUCGGACUUCCCUUUUGCUGACGCUGGCACCUAUGACAUGUCAGUACCUCUCUAUGAGUUUGAUCCAAAUAUUGGAUCAUCUCAUCAGCAGGCCAAUUCAUGGGCAGCAAAUCUGCAGCAAUACAAUGAACAGAACACUUUCGCCGGAGCUCCAGUGGGCGGCGGGAUUGGGGAAGAGUUUGCUAGGGAGUUACUGCUGAGGGCGGCGGCGGCGGCGGCGGCAGAGAUUCUUCACGUUCCGGCGGCGGCAGAGGGCGAUUCUUCAAAAGAAUCGGUGGUCUUCGGCAGGGCGGCGGCGCAAGGUCUUCGGCAGGGCGGCGGCGCAAGGUAUUCGGCAGGGAGUACACGCGGCGGCUUGUUCGUCGGGGAGAGAGUUGAGUGCGGCGGAAAAAGAAGAGAAAGAGAGAAAUGA